AUGCCGUGGUUUUGGCCAUUUAGACAAAAUGAAGAAAUUGAUGGAUUAAAUCGUUCGUCAUUGAUCAAGGGUAUUGGCGAUGAUGCUCUACUAUUAAUUGUUCUUAUUGCUUGCUUAGUUGGUCUUUGGAUUUAUUAUACAAGACGUCAUCGUCGUACAACAAUUCAUCCAGAUAAUCGGCAAGAUGUUGAAUUAUUACGUCAACGAUCUCAAGAACAAGGAGAUACAACUAAUAGAACACAAUCUUCGUCACAUGUUGGUCGAUCUCGACAAGAUGCAUGUCCGAUUUGUCUAGAAGAGCCAUCAAUAUUAAGUGUUGAAACUAAUUGUGGACAUGUAUUUUGUGGUAAAUGUAUUGUUACAUUUUGGAAAUUUCAAUCUAAUUGGAUGAGUGGAUUGAAAUGCCCUGUAUGUCGACAACAAGUAACAGUUCUUUUAACACGUUUUACUGCUGAAGAACGAGCAGCACCAGAUAGUAGUGAUCGACAAAUGGUUGUUAAUGGUGUUAAAGAUUUUAAUCGACGAUUUUCUAAUGUUCCACGAACGUGGCUUGAAUAUUUCUAUGAUAUUCCAGUUUUAAUUCCUUAUAUAAUUCGUCAAUUAUUCACAACAGAAGGUCUUGCAUGGACAUAUCGUUUACGAACAUUUGUAAUAUUUAUAUCAGUAAUUGCAUAUGUUAUAUCACCACUUGAUAUAUUACCGGAAAGUCUUCUUGGUAUAUUUGGUUUAUUAGACGAUUUUUUUAUUGUUCUUUGUUCAGCACUUUAUGUUAUAAUUGGUUAUCGACAACAUUUGGCUCGACGCCAUCUUCGUAUUAACCCAUUAUCUCAUAUCAAUCAACAUAUUCUCUUUCGUCCAUUGUUAUCUACUGAUGAAAGAAAUUUAACAACAUUCCUCGAAAGUCUUAGUCAACGUACACGUCAUUAUUGUGUUUAUCCAAGUUAUGAUAGAAAAACAGCAGAAUUAUUUUGUAAUGAAGAAAUAAAUAGAAAUAAUGAUAAAUUACGAUUGAUUGCUUUGAUUAAUGAAAAUAUGAUAGUAGCUUUAUUUAAUUUAACAUUAUCUAUUCGUAAUGAUGAAUAUGAACGUUUUCGUAUUAAUUAUAAGAUUGAAUUGAAUAAUAAUAAUACUGCACGAUUAAGUCCAUGUAUUACGGAUAAUUAUCAAAAUAUAUAUCUUGGUAGUUUAUUAAUGAAAAAAACAAUAGAUAUUGUACGACGAAUGGAUAAACAUCAUAUGAUUUUAUCUGGUGGUGUACUUGUAGAAAAUAUUCGAGCUAUUCGUUUUUUUGAAAAAAAUAAAUUUAGUUUAUUUUCAACAACUUUUUUAAGUCAUGAUGGAUAUGAAUGUAAAGAUGGUCUUAUUGAAAUUGACUUAUAA